UUUUUUUUUUUUUUUACUUAGGGAAGCAUGCUGUGUAGACGUGGAAUUGUGUAUUGCACAGAAAGAGUUUAAUAUUAUUUUUUUCUUUUAAGAAUACGUAUAUACAUUAUACUAAGAAGAUGAACGAGAUCGUUGUGUUGUUAUUGUUAUGUUUGGCCAUGUUAUUAGGUUGUUAUUUUGCUGGUGUGAUACCUUUGAUAGUUACUCUAUCAGCUGAAAAACUACAACUGGUGUCUGUCUUGGGAGCUGGUCUGUUAGUUGGUACUGCCUUGUCUGUCAUCAUUCCAGAGGGAGUCAACACAUUGUAUACAACACAAAUAAAAGUUCUUCAGCAGAAAGUGCAGAUGAUUCAUUCAAGUGAUUCACAUUUAACUAAAAGUGUCCAAGAUACAUUGGUAGAACAUGCGCAUAUACACAGGCAUGACGAUAGUGCCGAAACACAUUCUGUAAUUGGUGUGGCACUUGUGUUAGGGUUUGUUUUUAUGUUGUUGAUUGAUCAAAUUGGAUCGUCACAUGGACGUAUGCAAUCUGAUGUUGAAAAUGGCAUGAAACAAGAUAAAUACAAAAUUACUGCAACUCUGGGAUUAGUUGUUCACGCAGCAGCUGAUGGAGUAGCAUUAGGAGCUGCAGCAACUACAUCUCAUGCUGACAUUGAAAUUAUUGUUUUUACUGCAAUUAUGCUUCAUAAGGCACCAGCAGCAUUUGGAUUGGUUACAUUUUUGAUGCACGAAGGUUUAGAUAGAACAAGAAUACGAAAACAUUUAAUCAUAUUUGCACUAGCAGCACCUGUUUUAGCAAUUGUAACAUAUUUUGGUAUUAGUCAGUCAGCCAAAGAAGCUUUGUCGUCAUACAAUGCAACCGGAAUAGCCAUGUUGUUCAGUGCAGGAACCUUCUUAUACGUGGCCACGGUUCACGUGCUGCCUGAGAUUUCCAGCCGAAGCCACUCUCAUUCCAUAAAUGGCGACAUCUCGUCCGAUAUCAAAGGAUUCAGGAAGAUGGAACUGUUGGCGCUGGUAGUCGGCGCAUUCUUACCAAUGCUGUUGUCGGUACAUCAUCAUCACUGAUUCUUUGUCGUUUAAACGAAAAGAAAAAAUAAUAGCAUGUCUGUGGUCAUUGCCGUUUUACGUGAAUUAUGUUUUUAAUUACAGAUAAGGUUAGUCAUUUAUUUUUAAAUUUAAACUAUCGGACGAAAAUAUGCCGACAAUCAUUCCAUACCUAGUACGACAAAGAAACAUAAUGACGGUUAACAGUGCUUUUCUUGGUAUUGUAUUAUUCGAUAAGUUGAAAAUUUUAAUUAUAAUCUUCGCUUAAACUUAUUUAUUUUCUGAGUAAUUUUUAUGUCAUUACACAUUUACCCCAUAACAUUCUGUAUCAUAAUUUACAAUGGGAUUUUAGGUGUUUUUUUCAAAAUUAAGCUUCCUAAGGGACAAAAAUAUUAUUUAAAUUUCUUAAGGAGCAUGCAAACUUCCAUAAACAAAAUCAAAUACGAAAUUAUCAAUCACUCCUAAAGAAAUUAAUGGGAAAAUUCUCUUAAGUUCCUCAAAAUAAAAUCAAAUUUAUAUUUAGGCAUUUUGUAAAUUCUUCCGUUCGAGCAAUCAAACUUUGAAAAUUCUUCCGAAAUCAAGACAAUUAAGUUUCUCUCAAGCCAAAAUUAUAUUUUGCGUAAUUAGAAACUGUUAAUAAUGCAAUUAUGUUCUCGUAUCAAGUUAAAAUUAGAAAUUGUGAAGGGAUUUCAUUUAUAAGAGAUAAAAAUUAUUUAUUUAUUUUUUAUCCAGUGAAAAAAUUGGUAAUAUUAUAGGCAUACUCUCGGCUUCGUAGAAGAUUUUUAUUUACUGAAUUAUCGACUAUUUAUGUUUCGUCGAAUUGUAUUUAUCUUAAGAUUUCUGCAUUUCUUGCACAAAAGAUUAUAUUUGUAUAUACAACUAAAUGUCAAUAAAAUGAGCAAUGAAUUUUUGUUAAAA